AUGAUGCCAAAAUCAAUUGCAAUCAUUGCCGGUGCAGGGCCGGGGACAGGCAGCGCCGUCGCCCGCCGGUUUGCUCAGGUCUACCCAGUAGUCCUGCUUGCUCGAUCGCAGCAGUCCCUCGAUCCCUUAGUCAACGAUAUCACCCAGAGCGGGGGGUCCGUAUUGGGCAUACCUACAGAUGUGACCAGCGCCUCGAGUAUGAGCUCGGCAAUGGACCAAGUCAAGACGCAGUUUGGUCCUGAUCUGAGCAUCGCGGCCGCAAUCUACAACGCUGCGAGCAAAUUCACGAGAAAACCUUUCCUAGAACAAACCCCGGAAGAGUUUUUAGGGAGCCUUGAAUCAACCGUCAAGGGCGCUUUCAACUUCUCUCAGGCCACGCUUCCCUUGAUGUUGAAUCCAGACAACCCGCAAUAUCCACCCACCCUCAUUUUCACCGGUGCAACUGCUGCACUCAAGGGAGGCUCUGGACUGUCCGGGUUCGCCGUGAGCAAGUUUGGAAUCCGUGCCAUGUCUCAGUCUCUCGCGCGUGAAUUCGGACCCAAGGGUGUUCACGUCUCCCAUGCUAUCAUUGACGGGAUCAUCGAUACUGAGAAAACCAGGGGGAUCAGUCAAAACACCCCGGAUUCGAAGAUUGAUCCUGAAUGGCUAAGGACAUUAGCAUUCCCGGAGCAAUCACUUGUCGUGCUGAUCGGUUCAUAG